GGAGAGGGAUGAUAGGGACUGACAGGGAGUUGGCUGAUGACAGGAACCAAGACAUGAUAUGGAGAAUACAGGUCCUCGUAUCUGGAUAUUCAGUCCUGAACUCUAUCCCGCCGAUCUCGCAUUUCAAACACUCAAAGCCAGUCGCCUGAUCCCAGGCACCAAGAGGGGAUGGGACGAGAAUAAGCAUCUCUCACUACCACUAACUAACAUCACCGGCGUGGGGAUAGCUUCACGCCAUUUACGGUUUUUACCAAGGUAUGUGAUGGUCUAACAUGGCCUCUUUAUGGGGAGGUGUGUUACGAUUAUUAAGGUCUGGUCUGUUAUUUUCAUUGCGUCUAGGUGUUCCCCGUUUAUGGUCUUCUUGUUGGCUUUCUCUUUCCUCCUUUUCUCUCAGUCACUUCUCAUUAUCAUUUCUAUCACCACUACAGACACUCGUUCAAAAGCACAUACACUCGCUCAACUGCCACCAUCAUGGCAUCCUACAUAACCCACCUCCUCUGCAUCCUCCUCCUCCUCCUCUCUACCACCCUCUCCCAGCACUCACCGCCACAAUCCCAAUUCCCCCCCAACCGGCCCCUCACAGCCUGGACCUCCCUAAUCCUCGCCCACCACGGCGAGCGGCGCCCCCUCCUCACCCACCCCACCAACCCCUCCCUCAACCCCCUCGGCGCCCUACAAGCCCACUCCUCCGGCUCCCUAAUGCGGCGUCGCUACCUCACUGGUCCUUCGGCGCACAAUACCUCUUUUGUCCCUUUACACGGGUUUCACAGAAAUUACAUCGAUAACCAACGCGUCCAUGUCCUUUCUGCGCCAGAACAACCAGUCGUCGCGAGCGCGUGGGCGUUUCUGCAGGGCUUGUAUCCCCCCGUCGACGCGCCGGCCGCAGUGGGCGGGAGUCCCAAAGCGGGGGGUGGAGGGUGGCUGGCGCCGUUGGGGGGGUAUCAGUAUGGCCGCGUCGAGACGGCGGGGGGUGGGGAUUGGAAUCACAUCUGGGUUGCUGGGUCUGAUCGGUGCGGUUUACACGCCCUCAGCACCGCAGCCCAAAUCAACAGCAGCGAGUACAUCAACACCACCCAGACCAGCGAGGGGUUUUUCAAGUCCUUGGUCCCGGGGGUGUUUGCGGGGGUGGUACCGGAGAUGAUGGUUAGUUACCAUAAUGCGCCGCAACUGUAUGAGUAUGCCGCGUAUGCGACGCUGCAUAAUUCCUCUGUUGCUGCGACGUUGCCUGCGGCUGCGCUGGCGAGGUUGAGGGCGCUGGCGGGGAUGAGGGGGUGGGGUGUUCAUGGGGUUAGGAGGGGUAGUGGGGGGGAUAGCGAGGAGGAUGGGGUUUUGAAACCUAUUGCUGGGCGGACGUUUGCGGAGCGCGUUCUUUAUCUUUUGAGUCGCGCGACGACGUCGGAGAGGCCGGGGGAGCUGAAUUUGUUGUUUAGUUCGUCCGCCCCGUUCGUGGGGUUCUCAGCUAUCUCCGGGCUCGCAGACCACGAUGCGCGCUUCAAAGGCGUCGUGGAGCCGGGGAGUAUGAUGGUCUUCGAAGUCUUCUCCCACACUGACCCUGAGGCUGGGAGACCGGGGAAGGAAGAUCUGUGGGUUAGGUUUUUGUACCGCAAUGGCACGGCGGAGGGGGCGAGGUUGGUGGGGUACCCGCUUUUUGGGAGGGGGAGGGGGAAGGGGGAUAUGCAGUUUGAGGAGUUUGAGAAGGAGAUGCGGGAGGUGGGGAAGGGGGUCGGGGAGUGGUGUGAGGUUUGUGGGGGGGGCCAAGUCUUCUGUCCUACGUUUUUGGAGGGGUUGGAGAGGGGGAGGAAGGAGGAGGGGAAGGGGAAGAAUGGGAAGAAUGGGGGUGGAGAUGGGGGAGGGGGGAAGAAGAAGAAGAAGGGAACGACGGCUUUGGAGCUGGGGCUUGGGCUGGGGGCGGCGGGGUUUGUGGUUUUGUUAGGGGUUGCGGUGAUGGUUUUUUGUUCGAGGAGGCAGAGGAGGCAGAGGAGGAGGGAGGUGAAGGAUAAGGUGGACGGGUGGGAGAUGGGGGAUAGGGGGGCGAAGGAGGAGGUGGGGGAGAGGAGUGAGGCGGAUUAUGGGGAUGGUGGGGUGAGGGAUGGGGAUGAGGAUGAGGAGGGGGUUGAACCGAUGAGGGAGCCUGUGAGGGUUGAGGAUCGGGUAUAA